GAAAUUUUGCGCAACUGUAGCGCAGGAUCGACGAGUGUGGGUUUUGUGGGGUACCCACGAGUUCGUAUCGUUUGCGUUGAGCGCAUAAAUUUCUGUCGGUUCGUGUCACUUUCGGCUGUGUUGGUGCGUUCGUGUGCGGUAUCCUUAUUCGCGGAUAGCGCUGCGAUAUUCCUCCGGUGUAUCUUCUCCGGAUUUGGCAGAUUCUGUCCGUGUUUAGUCAAGGUUGGUCGCUCGUCGCGAGCGGAAGCUGAAGUAAAAGUGCGCGUAGCUUGUCCCCACACCGCCAACGGAAUAGGUGGUCUACGGUUCAGGAAAUAAGGGUGGUGUACUCAGAACAGUGAAAAGUGUGGUGCUGGUUUUGGAAAAGUGUAUUGUUGGAAGGUGACAAAAGUUUAAUGAGUGAAGAAAGCUUCCUUUGGUGGGAAGCACAACAUCUGGUACGGAAUGCAGUCUAGAAAGAUCGGAUUUCAUUGAACCGGAAGCCCCUGGGACAAGCUACGCGCAUUAUUACAAGCACCUCCUUGUCAAAAACCGGACAUUUUGGAUGGUCAACUGGAACCAGUAUGGUGGAAAACUUUCGCGAAGCCAACUGACCAGCGCCUAACAUACGGUACUCGGAGGAGUCUCUCCGGUUUGGAAGAAGAAAAAAACAUCCUCACCAACGCGGUAUUAGAGGGUGCGUCAUACUUGUAUUCGAUGUGCGAAAGCGCCAUCGUCAUUGAGAAGAAAAGCAACAACAACAUUAUUUAACUGCGUCGUCGGAAGGAAACGCUAAGGUUGGCCAAACCGUGGCGAGGAUGGAGAGCCAGCCGAACGAGAUAAUUGUGCUGAACGAGGGCUACUCGUACAUGGAAGGCGACGACGGUUCUCUGAUGAUUGCGAAUUGCACCUGCACCUUGAUCAAAAGCCACGAUUGCAACAUCAUAGUCGACACUAUGACCCCUUGGGAUGGCGAUCUACUUUUGCAAAGAUUGCAGGAGAAUCGGCUGAACCCCGAUGACAUCAGUUAUGUAGUGAGCACACAUGGACACUCCGACCAUCUGGGGAAUAACAACCUUUUCCUGAAGGCGAAGCAUAUCGUAGGAACUAAUAUAUCCCAGCGGAAUCGUUACUUCAUCCAUGAUUUCACCAGUGCUCCCUAUCGCAUAACGGAUACCAUCGAGGUCAUCGCAACACCUGGCCACACGCUGUCCUGCGUCUCGGUGCUGAUCAAGCGCAGCCAGCUGGCCCCGGCCGGAACGGUAGCCAUCGUGGGGGAUCUGUUCGAACGGCGUGAUGACAUCACUGACGAAAGCCUUUGGCUGGACGCCGGAAGUGAGGAUCCCACGGCACAGCGACGCAACCGUGCCAAGCUUGCAGCGAUGGCAGACUACAUCGUGCCCGGCCACGGUCCGCUGUUCCCGGUCGAUCAGUUCGUUCGAGACGCCCUCAGGGCACAGGUUUCAGAGCCGUCGUCCGACGAGGGAGGGAAGGUUUGAGCGGAGCUUGGAGGUAGGAAACUGAAAUGAUUAUCAAUUGGUGGCCAGCCAGAAGGGACGAGCAGUUUAUUUUUUCACCAUUCGAUCAUAGGUUAUGGCUUAGAGCAGAAUAAAACAGCAUGAAUUAGAUUGAUUAUCGGUUUGUGUUAAUUUAUUGGAAGCAGUUGAAUAUAGUGUCACGAUUGAAAUAAAUUGUAUGCGUUAUUAUUAUUACCAAUAUUAUUGCAAUGUCCAGAGCGAGUAAAAUAGGAUAACAGGCCUGUUAAUAGAAGCGUGAAAGAUCAGAAAAAAAAACAGCUCGCUACAGUUUAUAUCCAAAAUAGAGUUUUUUUUGUUAGCUUCGAGUUUCAGUUAUUAACCAGAUUGGCUUUCGUUCCACAGAUUUUACUUAACAAUAGCUGGAAAAAAAAACUUUGCAGGACUGCAAAUCCUAAUGAAAUAUAAUUAUUAAAAAGAAAAUAUUAAACAUGCACGAUAUUAAUAUGCAAAAUUUAAGAUCAUACAUGUAUGUUAGUGGAAUUAGAGUUUCAAGUUUCUUAACAAUUAUGUAUUUGUGACAUGGUAAACAAAAAAAACACACGUAUUACUGAAAACAGAAAAACAUAUGUAGUAGUUUUACAUGGUUAAUCUUUGUUCGAAGCAAGAAAAAAAAAAUAAAAUAGUUCUACAUUUGCAGUUGAACGGUACCAAUUUCCCAUAAAAGGUUGUGCUGAAAUAAGAACACUAGUAGAGAACCAAGGUUUUUGGUCGCAGUCCGGCUCUGUAGGAGCCUGGACGGGCCACGCUUCAGAACAAGAAUGCCAAUAUUUAUGCAAGCAUGUAGUAGAGUAUGAUUGUUUAUUUGAUUAGAUUAUUAUCAGAGCAUAAAAACAGCUACAUUAUUUCAUCUAGUGCGUGUGCAGUGAACAACAUCUCAUCGCACCGCGCACUCAAUAUGUCAACAGCAAAAACACACUAUUUGGAUCUAAUUCGAUUUAAAACCGGAAAAUACAUCAAGUAAAUGGGAGUAACAUCUGGAAAAGUGUAAAAAAAAAUAAAUGUCACUUAUAUAAAUGAUAAACAAGAAAUGAAAAACUAAUCAAUGUUGUUACAGAAAAAAAAACAAAAUGUUUAAGAAAAUCAUAACUAUACUAAAUGAUCAUUCAUACUCAGCAUAUAAUCAGUUUCACCACGAAACUAUAAUUCUUCACUGUGGAGAAGCUCAUUGAACAACCUAGUGUUAAGGAUAACCUCAUGCAAAACUGAUAAACGUUAGGAAGUCCAAGUUUUGAGGUGGACACUUGAGACUUUCAAGAAGAAAAAAAAAAGAAAUGAAAGGAUCAAACAAGUUGAGAGAUACAAUAAUUCGUGCGAGAGAGAUACAAAAAUUUACAGCAGCAUGCAGCUGUAUCUUUUACCUAACAGAGCAUACUUGAGCAAACUAAAUAAUGAAGCAAAAACUAACGUUAAGAGCAUAAUUUUAAGAAAGCAGCAGCGUGGUCGUUAAAACAAUUGUUCAUACAAGGAAGAAUAUGAAUAAUUCAAGAAACAAUUGAUGGGACAUAUAAUCGUCUUGUUAAUGCGAUGAGUAAAAUGUUAUUAAUUGAAAAUAUUAAUGAAAUACAGCAUAUGUAAUUAUCCAAGAUAGAAUAUUGAUACACUUUAAAGAGAAACAGCAUGAUUUCAUUAUAAAGUAUCUGUAUGAAAACUAUAUUAAGCUAUCCACUAUGGAAUGCAAUUUAUUACAUGAUGUAACUCAAAUAUAUAUAAAAAACACUUAAUUGUUACAACAGCAGAAGCAACAAAAAAAACUGCAACGGUAUAACAAUUUCCCAAAAGAAAAC